GGGCUGCAGAAGACGCUGGAGCAGUUCCACUUGAGCUCCAUGAGCUCGCUGGGUGGCCCGGCCGCGUUCUCGGCGCGCUGGGCGCAGGAGGUAUACAAGAAGGAAAGCGCCAAGGAGGCGGGCGCGGCCGCGGUGCAGGCGGCGGUGCAGGCAGCCGCCGAGCCGCCGCCCGUGCUGCACCUGCCAGCCAUCCAGCCGCCGCCGCCCGUGCUGCCCGGCCCUUUCUUUAUGCCGUCGGACCGCUCCACCGAGCGCUGCGAGACCGUGCUCGAGGGCGAGACCAUCUCCUGCUUCGUGGUGGGCGGCGAGAAGCGCCUGUGCUUGCCGCAGAUCCUCAACUCGGUGCUGCGGGACUUCUCGCUGCAGCAGAUCAACUCGGUGUGCGACGAGCUGCACAUCUACUGCUCGCGCUGCACGGCCGACCAGCUGGAGAUCCUCAAAGUCAUGGGCAUCCUGCCCUUCUCGGCGCCCUCGUGCGGGCUCAUCACCAAGACGGACGCCGAGCGCCUGUGCAACGCGCUGCUCUACGGUGGCGCCUUCCCGCCGCCUUGCAAGAAGGAGCUGCCGGGCACCGGCGCGCUGGCGCUGGGCCUGGAGCUUAGCGAGCGCAGCUUCAGGGUGUACCACGAGUGCUUCGGCAAGUGCAAAGGGCUGCUGGUGCCCGAGCUCUACAUCAGCCCGAGCGCCGCCUGCAUCCAGUGCCUCGACUGCCGCCUCAUGUUCCCGCCGCACAAGUUCGUGGUGCACUCGCACAAGGCGCUGGAGAACCGGACUUGCCACUGGGGCUUCGACUCCGCCAACUGGCGGGUCUAUAUCCUGCUGAGCCAGGACUACACAGGCAAAGAGGAGCAGGCACGCCUGGGCCGCUGCCUGGACGACAUCAAGGAGAAGUUCGACUACGGCAACAAGUACAAACGGCGGGUGCCCCGGGUGUCCUCCGAACCCCCGGCCUCCAUAAGACCCAAGGCAGAUGACACGUCCUCUCAGUCCCCCGCCACCACAGAGAAAGACAAGCAGUCCAGCUGGCUGCGGACCCUCUCUGGUUCCUCCAAUAAGAGCCUGGGCUGCGUGCAUCCACGCCAGCGCCUCUCCGCCUUCCGACCCUGGUCCCCUGCGGUCUCCUCCAGCGACAAGGAGCUCCCCCCUCACCUCCCAGCACUGAUUCGAGACAGCUUCUACUCCUAUAAGAGCUUCGAGACAGCCGUGGCCCCCAACGUGGCUCUCGCGCCCCCGGCCCAGCAGAAGGUUGUGACCAGCCCACCAUGUGCCACCAUCGUCUCCCGGGCCCCCGAGCCCCUCUCUAUGUCCAUCCAGCCACGGAAGCGGAAGCUGGUUGAGGAGAACCCCGUGGUCCCCGAGACCUUGGUGCCUCUCACUGCCCCAGAGGAGGACAAGGACUCUGAGGCUGAGGUUGAAGUUGAAAGUAGAGAGGAAUUCACCUCCUCCCUGUCCUCGCUGUCGUCUCCAUCCUUUACCUCGUCCAGUUCUGCCAAGGACCUGAGCUCCCCCGGUAUGCAUGCCCCACCCGCUGCCAGCGCCACCCUGGACUCUGCUGGCCAUGCCGAGGCCACGGGGGGCGGGCUGGAGGCGGAGCUGGAGCACCUGCGGCAGGCGCUGGAGAGUGGCCUGGACACCAAGGAAGCCAAAGAGAAGUUCCUGCACGAGGUGGUGCGGAUGCGCGUGCGGCAGGAGGAGAAGCUGAGUGCCGCCCUGCAGGCCAAGCGGAGCCUCCACCAGGAGCUGGAGUUCCUGCGUGUGGCCAAGAAGGAGAAGCUGCGAGAAGCCACAGAGGCGAAGCGCAACCUGCGGAAGGAGAUCGAGCGGCUGCGCGCGGAGAACGAGAAGAAGAUGAAGGAGGCGAAUGAGUCGCGGGUGCGGCUCAAACGUGAGCUGGAGCAGGCGCGGCAGGUCCGGGUGUGCGACAAGGGCUGUGAGGCCGGCCGCCUUCGUGCCAAGUAUUCGGCUCAGAUUGAGGACCUGCAGGUGAAGCUGCAGCACGCAGAGGCCGACCGGGAGCAGCUGCGUGCCGACCUGCUGCGGGAGCGUGAGGCCCGCGAGCACCUGGAGAAGGUGGUGAAGGAGCUGCAGGAGCAGCUGUGGCCCCGGCCGUGCGGCGAGGCGGCGGGUGGCGAGAGCACUGCCGAGCUGGAGCCAUAG